CUUACCACACUCCUGUUCAGUUGUCUGCUCUGCCUAAACCACAGCUCUGGGUUUCCUACAGCAGGAUGCAAGGUUCUACUACAACACAAACCCUGUGUGCCUUAUAUAGCCUCUCAAGCCGGCCCCUCCUGCAGCUACACCUGCGUGCAUGCUACAUGUGACCAAACAUGUUGUAAGCAGUUUUGGCGACCUUCCGCUGCAUGUGGAAGGGGACCCAGCAGGCUGGUAACGUGGCAUUGCUCUGGGUCCCAUCCCAGUACGGGUUUGGCGUUGAUGCAUUGUUCAAUUGUCAUCCCAUCUUCUGCUACAGUCAAACUGAAAUCAAGAUCUUGCAUAGACGGGUGCCUUGGUCCAUCUGUUGUCAUCUACAAGUGGAAGCGGGACAGGUGUCCAAACUACCCGUCUAAAGGAGAGAUUAUCACUAUCGGUGGGCCAUUGCUCAUCCAUGAACUUGUCCUGGAAGUGCAGCAUAAAAAAGGCCUAGAUGUCUCCUCCGGACUAACUCUUAAGGUUCUUCCAGAAUCUUACGUACGGUCAGACAAAACAGUUGAAAAACUGAUUGCCUACUACCAGAGUAAGCCAGGCUAUGAACCUUGUGGUGAUGGCAGUAUCAAGAUGAUGGCUGACACUGAGCCCAAGAAUGCAAUUACUCCAGAGGAGGCAUACCAGGGUGACUACAGAUAUGCAAGGGCCUUUCCUGCACCGGCAGAAAGCCCCUUUGUUACAAAUGGAUUAGAGGCGGAAGAAUGGUGGCCAAGGGAAAACGUUCACAUGGGGCAGGUUGCCGGGGUAGCCGCCGACCAGUAUGGUUUGGUUUAUGCCUUCCAGCGAGGAGAGAGACGCUGGCUACCAAGUGAUUUUGGCAGUGAUCACAUCUUCAAGAAGAGGAACAGGGCUAUUCAAAGUGAUGUGGUUCUGAUGAUGGACCCCGAUAGUGGAUAUGUACUCCAUUCUUGGGGGGCCGGGAGAUUUUACAUGCCUCAUGGCAUUACCACUGAUCACGAGGGCAACAUUUGGCUGACUGAUGUGGCUUUGCAUCAAGUGUUCAAGUUCACUCCUGACGAAAUGAAGCACAAUAAAAUUAAGCCGAGUCUGAUACUUGGAGAGCGGUUUCAGCCAGGUUCAGACUGGAAGCAUUUCUGCCAGCCCACAGACGUGGCUGUAGACAGCAACACAGGGAACUUCUUUGUUGCAGAUGGGUACUGUAAUAGCCGCAUCUUGAAGUUUGCUCCUAAUGGGUCUGCCCUGAUGGAAAUAACUGCACCGUCUAACCCAGACCUGCCAGCGGAUCUGCGGACAUUCAUCAUCCCCCACAGCCUGGCCCUGGCUGAGAAACAGCAGCUACUUUGCGUAGCGGACCGCGAAAACGGCCGUAUUCUUUGCUUCAACAGCACGACUGGCGAGUACGACCGCCAGAUCACCAGUGAAGACUUUGGUGGAAGAGUAUUUGCUAUUGCUUAUAAUAAUGAGGAAGACGUACUGUACGCUGUGAACGGUCCUACAAACGAAGAAUACUAUCGUAUUAAGGGAUUCACCAUCGGCUUGGAUAGUGGCAGAAUCCUGUCUGAGUGGACUCGCCCAGCUGGCAGUCAGGAGCAAUUCAUAGAGCCACACGACAUCGCGGUAUAUUCUGGAACUGUCUACGUUGCUGAUGUUGGGGCAAAUCGUGUCUGGAAGUUCUGGGAUGAAGCUACCCUAAGCAACGAGCUUUGGAAGAACCAACUAUGGAAAUACUAACUUGAACUACAGAAUUACUCGCUGUCUAUUGCUGUACGUUUUCAAACAUUAAUGUGCAUAUCUUUAUCGUAAGUAAGCUGUAAUUUAUCUGUUAUAUUCCUUUUCAUUUUUUGUUGUAAUGUUGGAUUACACUGUUUUCUGAGUCAUUCUGGGCUUCAAAGGGCAUGUCACUGUACCAUGUAUACACAUUUUGGUAAAAGACGUACAAACUGAACAAUAGAAAACAAAAGAAAAGAGGUAUUUUUUAAAAGAUAAUAAAGAUACCAGUCUUUAUGACUUAUUAUAUGGACUCUAACAGUGCUUACUAUGUGCUGCUUUAUAUUUCAUGGGGUUGGUUUAUUUCUGAGUAACAAAGGCCAUUUUUUCCACUACAUUAUCCCACUACAACUGAUCAAAUGUACUGUAGGUAGCUGCAGUGGAGUGAUCAGGUACUUGAAAAAACGUGUAUUCAAUCCUAUACCUCAUUCCAGUAUCCUGUACAGAAACAGCGUAAAAAAUGUGACUCGCUUGUGUUACGUCGUUUUUAAGCCAAUAUUUUAUGGUUUAAGCUAUGUGCAAGUUAAGGCCUGGUUUCCAUGUGGUAAUUUGCAACAUUUGCAAUGGUUGAGGGUGCGCAUGACGUGAAGACGCAGACACGGACAGAAGAGACAGUACAUGACGUCAUUCCACCGGAAAAUUAAACAAAAUUGCGUCCGAAACUGUGAUUCAUUAAUGAUGCCCGCUUAGAUUGACUACUUUGUCAUGAUUCCAAACCCGGAAUCCAGUUUUUAUUCAGUUGAUGGUCAGCUUUUGUGUUUGACCAUAACGGUGUGAUAAACUUCAAGGGGAAAUUGGCAGAAUUCAUGAAACUAAGCGAAGGGGACAUCGUUGCAGGCAGUCAGGAAAGUUGGACCUAGCUCAACUUUGGCAAUCGUUCACGGGCUGCUUUGCGUUUGUGUGCGUUGUCGACAAUACCUCCAUUUUGCAUAUUUCCAUAAUGUCUGCGCUACAGUUUGCGUCUUGAUUUGUCGCUCUCUGCAUGUCUUACGUGGAUAUGGGAACCAUGACUUAAUUGAAGACUAAAAAAAAGGACUUAUGUAGCAGUUUUUGUCAAUUACCAGCGUGAAGUUGCUCUAUGCAUAGUUUCAAGCAUCACCACGUUAGUGUAAUUGUAACACUUGUGAAUCAAUCGUAGUGUUUAUUAUACAGCUGUUGAAUGCACGGAAUUCAGGGCACAGAAAUAGGAUCAAGUUGAGUACGCGCGAGUGUUGUUUCACUCGCGUUACAACGCGCGCGGACUCAAUUCCUUUGCACUGUACUUUCCUGUUCACAGUAGCACGUGAACGCCAAUCUUGCGCGUAUAAUUGUGAUUUAUAGUAUGCGUAAACAACAGGCAAAACGAUGGAUGGCAUCAUGUUCAGUGCGCAUUACAUUGCCUGUAUUUGUUUACAUGUACUCCCAAAUCAUCUUCACCUUUUACGCACUUCUGUACUGCUUUCUCUUUUUUUCAAAUAUACGUUGCAACCGCAUUGUUUUGAAUCCCUAAGGGCUACAUUAAGGAUUUUUUUGUACAAUCAAAAAAUGGCUUCAUAGAAUUUCAUGGAUGGAAUUCUUCAAUUGUGCGUAAAUUCCCUAUACCGAGGGAUGAAUUUACCCACAGUUUUUUUUUCAUCGGGCGCCGCGCAAAUCACGAAAAACCCUUGUUGUCUUAUAUAGGAAACUCCUUGCGGUCUCUGCGUUUACAUGUCUGUGGAUACUUCUGUACUGUUAUGGGUGCAUCCCUAGAACGGGAGCUGGUUGGAAUAGAGCGAAAAACUUGUAUUACUCAAGCUAGAUUCAUAGCAAGGUUACCAUUAUUACCAUUACCUUUAUCUGAUUGUCUUUCUUGAUUACUAUUGACAAUUGUUGGUUAUUUUGGUGAUGGAUAUUGCGACAUUGAUAUAAAUACACGUGUAUCCGUGGAGGUGAUUAUUGGUGGAAAUGUGAUUGAAGUAAUAAAUAGACUAGUUGUUUCUGCAUACGAA